AUGGCGGAAUCUUCCUCUACCAAAGGUGUCGAGGACGCCUUUUCUAAUUUUUAUACUGAAGUCAAAGAAAUUGAAAAGCGAGAUGCUUGUCUUACUUCAAAACAACAGAUUGACCGCCUCACUAGGCCUGGGUCUACUUACUUUAACCUGAACCCCUUUGAUGUACUACAAAUUGAUCCUGAUUUACCAAUGUCUGAAGUUAAGAAAAAAUACAGACAAAUGUCCAUAUUGGUACAUCCAGAUAAAAAUCAAGAUGAUAAAGAAAGAGCUCAGAUAGCUUUUGAAGCUGUGAACAAGGCUUACAAGACACUUGAGAAUGAAGAAGGCUAUAAGAGAUGUCGAGAUAUCAUUGAUGAGGCUAUAUCAAGAGUCGAAGAGAUGAAUAAACAGAAACGAAAACAGAACAAGAAAGAAGGCAAGCCAGUGGAUGCUGUUGAAGAAGAUCAACAAAAACACAAGCAUGCAGUCUAUGUGCAGACAUGCAAGCUGUUUGCAGACUUGGAGCGGUUGCGUCAAGAAAAAGAAGCAAAGGAAAUGCAUGAGCGAAAACGAAAAGCAGAGGAGGAAAUAUUGGAUGAAGAAAAAAGGAAAGUUGAAGCGGAAUGGCAAAAGAAUUAUGAGGAGAGUCGAAAAGACCGCGUGAACAGCUGGAGGAACUGGAAGGCUGGUGGUAAGAAAGCAAAAGGUUUGUUCCGUCCUCCUAAACACAAGGCAGAACAAAGAUGA